GCUUACUCGAGGGCCACCACUCCAGCUAUAUCGCCUUGGAUCUCAAAUGGAGUGAUCAUCCCCAAAGCGUAUUUUCAUAGUAGUUGCCGCUUAUUCCAAAUCGUAACAACCUAAUGACCAUCCUUUGAGAAAUCAAAUGAUUUCCCCAGGAGACGGUUAUAGAGACGGCCGCCAGUCGUUUCCUCAGAAAGUUUCACGUAUUCCUUUUGCACUCGAUAUUGGCGGUUCUUUGGCAAAGUUGGUUUAUGAGCGCACGUUUCGGUACAAUUGUCCCUUUCCGUGUCGUAAAACCGACACACCUUCAGAAGAUGGAGUUCCUUCCUUUCCUUUUUACGACUAUCGCGAACGAGAGCAUGAAGGAAGAAAAAUGUGUUUUGUCAAAUUCGAAACGAGCUGUAUCAAUGAAUGUUUAGCCUUUAUUCGAUCAAAUAUUCUGGAUAUCGAUUCAGGUGUUGGUGCAGCUAGAGACUGCACACGAACCCUACUCAGAUUCAAAGUCACUGGAGGAGGAGCUUAUAGAUUUCGUGAUCUGAUUGUUCGGGAGCUUGGCGUGGAGUUUGACAAAGAGGACGAAAUGGAGUGUCUGAUACGAGGAUGUGUUUUUAUGCUUCGCAAUAUUCCAGAUGAAUUAUUUCGUUACGACAAGCAUGCAAUUCCAGCCCAUGUGUUCGUUUCUGACGCACUGGUGGAUACUUUUCCAUUUUUGCUGGUCAACAUUGGGUCAGGUGUCAGCAUACUGAAAGUGGAAAGCCCCGUAUCUUACUCCCGACUCGGUGGAUCAUCCAUUGGAGGUGGAACCUUUUGGGGUCUUGGCACUGCCCUUUCUGGAGGGAAGUACACUUUCGACGAGUUAUUGGAAUUGGCUGUCGCGGGUGAUCACCGAAAGGUGGACAUGCUGGUUCGUGAUAUUUACGGUGGAGAUUAUGCGCUGCUCGGUCUGCCUGGAGACGCGAUCGCCAGUUCCUUUGGUCUCGCAGCUCGGUCACCCGAUAAUCCGCGAUGUUCAGCGGAUAUAUUAAAGUCCCUACUCAUUGCUGUGAGCAAUAAUAUUGGACAGCUAGCUUGUUUGUAUGCAAAACAACACAAUCUGACACGCAUUCUCUUUGGUGGUUUCUUCAUUCGCGGUCACGGUUUGACAAUGGAGCUAAUCACGUUUGCGGUGAACUUUUGGUCUGCCGGCGCUCAUCGUGCCCUGUUCCUACGACACGAGGGCUAUUUAGGAGCAAUCGGAGCUUUUAUUAAAGCAGCGAAUGAUUCGGACGAAUCAAAAACUGUAUGGUCCGAGAAUUACGUUGCUGGUUCGCGUGAAGCUGUUGGAAAAUUUCGAAUUCGUUGUCGGGAAAAUAGUUUGACUCUGAUCGAUGAUGGUCAGCUCGGUCCUCCUAGUCCGGCUCAUCUGAAUACGAAUUUCGAGAGUCCUUCUCAUCGUAAUUUCGAUCUACCAGAGAUACCUGAAUCGGAAUUCAAUGGUUUAUCGAUCGAGGUGAAUGAAGAUGAUGGAAGUGGUAAGGCGGAGAGAAAAACCCGCAUUCGCCAUUCCUUAUCGUUGCGACGUAUCCCAAUGGAUUCUAGCUACCUUGAACUGGAUCGCGUGCUGGGUCACUCAUUAGAGCCAUUACCCCUAUUAGAACACCCGACUCGCUACACUCCGGACACGUGGGACCUUACGCAAGACGAGGAAGCCCGUACAUACUGGCUUGCCUGUUUGGAGCGCGGUGUUGAAAGGCAUCGAGUAAAAGCGGAGGAAAGUCAAUGCGAAACCAUGCCGGAUGCGUCAGAGCGAUCUCAUCAAUACGCUGAUCGCUAUAUUGGAUAUCUUCACGAGCUCGGUAAAAAUCCAAGUAGCUCGGGUGCUCUGACAGUCCGCAGUCUGUUGUCCGCUCAGCAACAUUUUCUUCGGGAAUUCGGCUUUGGUGACCCUUUUUGUAUCCAGAAAAAGCUAGAAAAUCAUUCAGCCCUCCAAGAAUUUCCCUCGUUCCUCAAGCAGCUAUCCCAGCUGUCAUGGGCCGAUAGGCAGAUGUCGUUGGUUCGGGCUCUGCUCGGUGGUAACGUCUUCGAUUGGGGCGCAGAAGAAACGGUAAAGUUUUUCCGUGAAGCCCGAACGGAUAAGUUUGGUGUACCCAAUAUGGAGGUGACGUUGUCCAAAAUUCCGCCUCGACCUUGGCUGGUAGAUGACUACGACAAGUGGAUCGAAGCCAUUCGGUCUGACAAACAAGCCUAUCGUUGUGUACUUAUAUUUUGUGAUAACAGUGGUCCAGACGUCAUACUGGGUGUCCUUCCAUUGGCUUUGGAAUUUAUCAGCCGAGGAAGUAAGGUGAUCCUAGCAGCUAAUUCAGCUCCGGCCAUAAAUGAUGUUACUUUCGAGGAACUGGAAAUACUUCUACGCCUUAUUGCUGCUCAUGAACCAUCCGUGGCGCGAGCUCUGGACACUAAACAUCUGUUGGUCACGGAGAAUGGGCAAAUCGGACCGUGUUUGGAUCUACGAUUGACAGCGAGUACUUUGGUGCAGUUGAUCAAACGUGAACAGGUUGAUCUCAUUGUGAUUGAGGGAAUGGGACGGGCGGUUCAUACCAAUCUGUAUGCACGGUUCCGUGUGGACAGUUUGAAAGUUGCUGUGAUCAAGAAUGCCUGGCUCGCGCGACGACUUGGAGGUGAAUUGUACGGAGUUUUGUUCAAAUUUGAGCGUGGCUCAGAAAACCAGUUGUCAACUGAGACACGAGAGAACACACCGACGCUGAAUCAGAGACCGGACACCAUUUUUACUGAUCAGGCCGGUGAUACGAUUUGAUCCGUAUUUGUAUCUUUAUAUUUCUCGAUUUUUCUAUCUAGUAAUAUUGCGGGAGGUCAGAAUUUUCAUUGCACUGCUCUCCAUGACCUGCUCGCAAGCAUUCUUCCGAACAUUAAUUGGUUGUUCCAGGCUGCUAUUAGCAGUGCUGUUCUUUUCAUUCCUUUCUGUAUCCAAUUCCAAAAAGGCUAUUUUAUGACACUUGGAUUUCUCCUACG